UAAAUUACCUUCCUCAAUAUGUUAAGCUCUAUCAAGAAGAAGAAAAAAAUUGGUUCGUUUUGAUACAAUUUGGACUUUGCCUAGAUAGUAGAUAUAAUUAAAAUUUGAAAGUGUAUUUUGAGGAGCUGAAAUGAUAAUUAUCAUACUCUCCGAUAUGGAAGUGGAUAAGGUCCCUGCAAGAGAUGAACCCAAGUAUGGAGGAAUAAAGGCCAUGCCCUUCAUUAUAGGAAAUGAGACAUUUGAGAAGCUGGGAACUAUUGGAACCUCAGCGAAUCUCUUGGUUUACUUAACUACUGUCUUCAACAUGAAGUCAAUUACUGCUACUAACCUCAUUAACGUCUUCAAUGGUACUUGCAACUUUGGAACUCUGCUCGGAGCUUUCCUUUCAGACACUUAUCUUGGUCGCUACAAGACACUGGGGAUUGCUUCUAUAUCUUCUUUCACGGGCAUGAUGUUUUUAGCGCUAACAGCAGCAAUCUCAAAACUGCAUCCUCCACACUGUGGAACCGCAGCAAAUAGCACUUGCCUUGAACCAACUACAGGGCAACUAGCUUUCUUACUAUGUGGAUUUGGCUUUCUAGUAAUAGGUGCAAGUGGCAUUAGGCCAUGUAAUUUAGCCUUUGGAGCAGACCAAUUCAAUCCAAAUACAGAAUCAGGAAGAAGAGGAGUUAAUAGCUUCUUCAAUUGGUACUACUUCACCUUCACUUUCGCAAUGAUGGUAUCGUUGACUGUCAUCGUCUACAUUCAAUCAAGCGUGAGUUGGGCUAUCGGAUUGGCAAUUCCCACAUUUUUAAUGUUCUUGUCGUGUGUUUUCUUCUUCGUUGGUACCAAAAUUUAUGUCAUGAUUUUACCUGAGGGUAGUCCCUUGACAAGUUUUGCGCAAGUUCUCGUAGCUGCAAUAAAAAAGAGGCGAUUACAACUACCAGAACAACCACAGAAUACCUUGUUCAACCACGUUUCAAUCAAUACUAUCAACACUGAACUUCCUUAUACCGAUCAAUUUAGGUUCUUGAAUAAAGCAUCUAUUAUAACUCCUGAAGACAGAAUAAAAGAAGAUGGAUCAGCAGCCAACCCGUGGAAACUUUGUAGCAUUCAACAAGUGGAAGAAGUGAAAUGUGUUGUAAGAGUAUUUCCAAUAUGGAUAGCAGGAUUGAUAUACUACAUUGUUCUAGUCCAGAUGCAGGCUUAUGUAGUCUUUCAAGCCUUACAAAGCGAUAGGCGUCUUAGAAAUACAAGUACUUUCAAGAUUCCAGCAGCAUCUUACGCGGUCUUCCAAAUGUUAAGCAUGACUAUUUGGAUACCUAUUUAUGACAGAAUAAUUGUACCAUUUCUCCAGAAGAUCACAAAGAAAGAAGCUGGAAUAACAGUCCUUCAAAAAAUGGGAAUCGGCUUAUUUAUUGCAGUUUUCACAAUGCUAGUAUCAGCUGUAGUGGAAACUCGAAGAAGGAAUGUCGCAUUUAGCCACCCAACACUAGGCAUUGAAACAAGAAGAGGUGAAAUUUCAGCCAUGCCUGCUAAUUGGUUAAUACCUCAACUGGCUCUAGCAGGACUUUCUGAAGCAUUUACAGUCAUAGCCCAAGUUGAGUUUUUUUACAAGCAAUUUCCAGAAAACAUGAGGAGUUUUGCAGGGUCAUUCUUGUUUUGUGGAUUUGCAUUGGCUAGUUAUAUGAGUAGCUUCUUGAUAUCAAUAGUACACAAGACAACAAGAACAUCAGAUACAGAGAAUUGGUUAGCAGAGGAUUUAAACAAGGGGAGAUUGGAUUAUUUUUAUUACUUAGUUGCUGCUUUGGAGGUUUUAAAUUUGGGAUACUUUCUAAUAUGUGCCAAGUGGUACAAGUACAAGGGAACACAAAAUGAUCACAAUCUUGAAAUUGCCUUGGAAAAAUUAGAACCCACAAAACCUCUAGUUUGAUUUCUCACUUUCUUUCUUUUUCUUCUAAAUAAACAUACAUACAAUUUCAUCAGCUGCCAUGGCAAUGUACAUUUGAUUCAUGUUACACCAAAUCUCACCCAUUAGACUAAA